AUGUCAGCUGUAAACGUCGCUCGUGUGAAAAAUGCCACACAACUGAGCGCGUUCAAUGAUGAAACCAAUGGUUUCGUGUGGACAGCGGAUAAGGCCGUGGAUGGGGUGGUACCAGAGAGGUCACCAGAAGUGGACAAGUGUUGCAGUGCCUCACAAGCCCAGUUGCAGGGGUUUCAAGUGUACAUUCAAAACGAAACUGCCGGGGAGAAGAUUCACGUCUAUAACAACACAGGGGCACCGUUUCCUGACAACGCCACUUUCGCCAUAACAAUUGAACCAGUGAGAAACGUUACCAUCAUCAGAGUGGAGCGGCCGACGCCAAAUAACAUCAUAACGUUGUGUGAAGUGGAGGCUUACGAAGUUUGUGACGACGGUACGUACGGCCCCACGUGCUCUGGGAGGUGUGGCUUCUGUCAGGAUGGGGCUGCAUGCCACAAGGAGACCGGGACGUGUCCCGCAGGGUGUCAGGGCGGCUGGAAGGGGGAUCUCUGCAUACAGAGGGCGAACGUGUUGUUUAACAAGACAGUUACGUUGAGUGGCGGAGAAGGCGGGGCUUUAGCGACAGACGGAUGCACCGACCAAACGACAGCCUCCACGUGCUGUUGCUCAACAGACGCGCAGACGACAAAUGCCAUCACUGUGAAUUUGGGCGGGUCUAUCGAGAUUGGACGCGUGUUCAUUUACGGAAAGGAUGGGUUGGAAGGUCAACUUUCCGGCUUCCUUCUGUACGACAACGCACUCCGUCUGCCGCGAGCGUUGCUCUAUAACAGUUCCAUGCACGCGGCCAUCAAUGGUAUAUAUGACGUCAUAAUCAACCCGCACGUGUCUACGCGGUCCCUUAUCAUAGAGCGGAUAUCGAACCCCAGUGUUCCGCUGACGGUCUGUGAAGUGGAGGCGUUCACUGUUUGCCCUGCCGGAAAAUAUGGUGACACGUGUCUGGAGGAGUGCGGACAUUGUCUGGAUAACGACACGUGUCACGGGAUCAUAGGCACGUGUGCACGAGGAUGCAGCGCUGGAUGGCGUGGUGACACCUGCAAAGAUGCUUGCACGAACGGUACCUGGGGACUGAACUGUAGCGAUACAUGCGGUAACUGCGUGAACGACACGCAGUGUGACGUCAUUAACGGAAUGUGCCCAUCCGGAUGUGCUGCGGGUUACCAAGGUGUCAACUGCACACUAGAUUGUGUACCACCGCAGUUCGGGGAUAAUUGCAUGUCCACAUGUUAUUGCACGGACAAUGCCACGUGUGACCGCGUGACGGGCGCGUGUCCUAGCACGUGUCAACCUGGCUGGCACGGCAGCUCGUGCAGUGAAACUUGUGUCGGCUCCACGUUCGGACAGAACUGCUCCGAACAGUGCGGUAAUUGCCGUGAUGGCGUCAUAUGUGACGUUAUAUCAGGCGAUUGUCCAAACGGCUGUGCGCCCGGCUGGAUCAACAACACAUGCAAAACAGAAUGCAACGCCGGUUUCUAUGGUGACAACUGUAGCAAAGCAUGUGGAAAUUGCGCUGAUGACGUCAUAUGUGACCCAGCUUCUGGAGCCUGUCCGACUGGCUGCGCUCCCGGAUGGACCGGAAAUAGUACAUCGUGCAAAACAGAAUGUUCCUCUGGUCGUUUUGGUCCCAACUGCGAAGGGCGGUGCUUCUGUGCCAAUGGAGUGGCGUGCAAUGCCACUUCUGGUGUAUGCCCCGCGGGCUGCGACGACGGGGUCAUCGGCGAAUUCUGCCAUAUAGAUUUAAAUCGGGCGAUCGGAAAGGCGUCCAAUCAGUCGUCCACAUACUUCGGGAACGGGUUUCUCUGGAACCCCUCCCUGGCGGUGGAUGGUGACUGGACACAGAGUAACGCGACAAUAUCAAGGACGUGCAGUCAAACUGACCUUUUUGAUGAAGCUCCGUCAUGGCAACUGGAUAUGGAGUCCGUGUCGCGGAUAGAGAAUAUUCUCGUCUAUGGUCGCACAGAUAUGUUAGGGUCCGCAUACCUGAUCAACUUCACGUUACACGUGUCCAACACGACCGACGUAUCCGGCUUGGACCUUGACUAUGUCCAGACCGGGGCAUACGGAGAGGGCAUCUUUAAUGUGAGCUUUCCUAGUCCGGUACUGGCCAGAUAUGUUACCAUCGCCCUGCCUCGCCGAGGGGCACUCUGUCUCUGUGAGGUCCGCGUCUUUGGAGACUGUGCCGACGGGACUUUCGGUGUGGCGUGUGACGGCCGCUGCUACUGUGCCGGCGGUGCGGCUUGCGAUAAGGACACGGGGGAGUGUCCAGCAGGCGGCUGCUCCCCGGGUUACACGGGUCUGAAGUGCGAUACGGAGUGCAAUGGCGGUAAAUACGGCGACACCUGCCUCCAAGAUUGUGGGUCAUGCGCAAACGAUGACGUUUGUGAUCACGUGACCGGACGGUGUCCAAACGGAUGUUCUGAUGGAUGGCUCAAUGACACGUGCCAGACGGAAUGUUCCAAUAGCAGUUAUGGAGUACAGUGUAAUGAAACAUGUGGCUGGUGUAAGAACAAUGCGUCCUGUAACCACGUGAACGGAAGUUGCCCUGACGGUUGCGCAGCUGGUUACAAGGGAAAGUUAUGCAAAGAAGGAUGCGCCAAUGGCACGUACGGUGAGAACUGUGCGAUGAUCUGUGGCAACUGCGUCAACGACACCGUGUGUGACACCUACUCAGGGUCAUGUGACCUGGGAUGUGACGACGGCUUCACUGGGGAAACGUGCUCCACGGUUGAAGGACAAGGCGGGAAUCCUGACGGUGAUGACGACGGGGUCAACACGGGUGCUAUUGUCGGCGGUAUUUUCGGUGCUCUGGCUGCAGUCGUCAUUGUGGUGGUUGCCUACAAGAUCUACAUGAAACGAUCCGCGGGGAGAUCUGGUGGUUUCGGUGGUUCUAAGAAGUACGACCCCUACCAGACGGAAAGUAACGGCGGCAGCAACAGCAACAUGAGCCAGCGGGCGGAACACGAGUAUGCUGGCAUCGACGACGACAUUGGUUACGGGUCGUUCAAAGUCGAUAACACGCGACUGUGAGAGGGUUGCAAUGAUUGCAAGCGUGACAGUGGAGCGACCACCCUACCAACACCAGCACUGGCAGAAAUACAGCCGUUACGAUAAAAAAUAUAAUAUAAAAAUAAUUAAAGGUUAGACAUUAUAAGUUCAAUAAAAUGUAACUUAAAACGCAUAGUCGUACCUAUACGUAGUAAAAUGAGUGUAGGUAUGCGAGUAAUUAAGUUCUGGAUAUUUUAAUAACGGUAUCGAAGCAAAAAUUAUUAUUUUAUUCAGUUAAUAUAUGUAUAAAGUAAAACUUCACUUAGUGAACAAAAAUUACAUAAAUCGUGUUUCAAAAUCGGAAAAUAUAUUGGAAAAUAUUCGAAUGUUCGUGCAUACAUUCAUUAAUUGGAACAUUUUAAUUACAUCUACAGUUAUAAUGUGAAAGAAAUAAAUCGAAUUUAAUACUGUCAUACAAAUAUAAGCUUAGUUUAUAUGUUUAUUUUGCAGUAUAAAUAGAUUCAUCCAUAUAUGUGCGUAUUAUAUAUAAUAUUUAUGUGUUUCAUCCAUACCUGUGCGUAUUAUAUCUAAUAUUUAUGCGUUUAAUUAAUUGUGACGAAAGUUUAUUGAAGGGAUCGUUACCAUUAAAAGAACACUAAAACAAUAGACUGAAAUCCUUAGCCGAGUAUGUGGCGAUGAUAAACAGUUGGAAAACCAUGUGUAUUUCGUGCAUGUGUCUGAACAUGACAACACAUCUAUCAGUUACAUAAUAUAUCGCUGCAUUAUAUGAAACAUGCAAAAAAUAUUGAAUGUAAGGAAACAUUUAAUGUAAGGUAAACAUCGAAACCGUAUUUACAUUGUAUAUGCAUCAUAUUUAUUAAAAUUAUGCCUUUUAUAAGAGUAUGUAUGUGUACAUGUUCCAUUGUUUAUUUGGGUUUCGUAUAUAGUCGCUGGGAUUCACCCGUAUAA